GAUUUAACAUUGCUUUUUGCAUUAUCUCAUUUAGUUUCUUGAAACAACAUGAAGCAAAAAAUUGCUGUUAUAGGCGCUGGAGUUAUAGGUUUAACCACAGCGUUAAAAAUCCAAAAAGAAUUCGGAGAGAACAUCGAUGUCACUAUUUAUACAGCUGAUAAGAGUCCUAACACAACAGGUGACGUAUCAGCGGGACUUUGGACACCGUAUUUACUACAAGACACGCCAGAAGAUAAAAUAAUAAAAUGGGCAAAAGAAACUCAAGAUUUAUUCUGGCUGUUAUGGAAAAACGGGUAUGCUUCAGAUGCUGGGAUUUCUUUACAACCCAUGAUUUAUUUAUGGUGUGAUACAACAAGUCUUCCGAAAUGGUCAAAAAUUGCUAUUGGAUGUAACGAGAUUAAAGGAAAGGAGUUGGAACGUUUUCAAAAUGACCAAAAAAUUCCUUACACCGGAGGUUUUACUUUCAAUUCUUUUAUUUGCGAACCAAAAAAAUUUUUGCCAUUCUUAGAAAACAUUUUUAUUAAUAACGGGGGAGAAAUAAAAAUCAACAAAAUUGAAAAGUUCUCUCAAUUGAAAAACUAUGAUGUUAUUGUAAAUUGCACCGGGAUAUAUUCCAAAAUUUUAAUGCGCGACGAAAGAGUUAAAGCAAUUAGAGGACAAAUUCUUCGAGUUGAAGCAUCAUGGCAGUUUCAUACAAUUAUGGAUAAUUCUGAUGAUGGUUGUUACAUAAUACCCAACGAAAAUUGUGUUAUAUUGGGUGGAACGCAUCAAUUAGACGAUGAAGAUACAAAACCAAGAAUCGACGACGCUUCUCGAAUUCUAAAAGGUUGCAAACAAAUGGUACCAUCUCUUCAUGAAGCGAAGAUAUUGAGACAUCAAGUUGGGCUUCGUCCAGGACGUGAUCAGAUACGGCUUGAAUUAUCAUCGACCAAUAUAGGUAAUAAAUCAGUUCCGCUGAUCCACAACUAUGGACACGGCGGGAGUGGUAUUACUUUGUGUUAUGGUUGUGCAUCGGAAGCCGUCGAUCUUGUAAAGAUAGCUUUGAUAAAGAGCAAGCUGUAAUCAUAACUUACAUUAGUAUAAGUAGUUAUUAGAAAAGCGCUCGUAGUUCAUUGACAAUUAUCGAGGCAAGUUUGCGUGAGAUGGCGCUCCUUUAGGAACAGAAUGCGGCCUAUUCAACAGAUGUAACAUUUCGUCGGCAGAGAAUAAAGGAAACGUUUGUUCGCAUGGCAUGUCGUCCUCUUGUCUUCUUCCUGACCGUAUGAAUCAAUUUUCCGCUCGUUUGUUACGGUUGCAACGGUUCUCUCUGUAUAUCAACGUUUGACCGGGUUAUUUGGACGUCAGUAAAAAUUUAAAGAAAAAUGUCGUACUUUUUUACCCAUCCAUAUAUUAUUUUAAGCCAAUUUUAUUAAAAAUAAAUAAAAUUUCACCAUA